AGAGAGCCUCUCCCGGUGCGGUGCCUCCUCCUCCUCCUCCAAGCGUCAGCCCCCUCCUCCCCCCUCCUCCUCCUCCUCCUCCUCCUCCUCCUCCAUGGAGCAGGAGCGCGGGGCGGCGGGCGGCUUCGUGUCGCUGACGCAGCGCGAGCAGCGGUACUACGCCGCGCUGCACAGCCGCUGCCAGGCCGACUCGUCCGGGACGCUGAGCGGCGGGAAGGUGACGGAGCUGCUGGCGGCGUCGGGGCUGCCGCCGGAGAGCCUGUACCGGGUGACGGAGCUGUGUGGAGCGAAGCGUCUCGGCUUCUUCACCACGCCUCAGUUCUUCGUGGCCCUGAAGCUGCUGGCAGCCGUCCAAUCAGAGCGGCCCCUCCAGCUGGAGAGCAUCACGGCCAAUCUGCCGCUGCCUCGGUUCUCCGGGCUGAAGAACGAGCCGGAGAUGCGACACGCCGUCGCCCCGCCGAGCGCCGACGGCCAGGGGGGUCAGACCGGGACCGGGACCAGGACUCCAGCAGACCGGAGACACCCGGAGGACCACGUGGACAGGAAGGCGUCUCUCAGCUCCUCGUCCGCCAGGAGGAACGACUCCCUGAGCGUUCAGGACACAAUCAUAGUGUGUGAGUCUCAGUUGUCUCCUCCCCUCCUCCCUCCAGCCUAUGAGAGCAGGUCUAUGGUUCCCCCAGAGCUUCACUCCUCGCCGGGCGGCUACGGGACCAGAGCCGCGACCACGAGGACCUCCUCGUGGGGGAGGCUGGACCAGCAGGGCCUGGUGGACUCUCCUGACGAGGACCCCUGGAGAAUCACAGAGGAACAGCAGGAGUAUUACACCAAUCAGUUCCAGAGCCUGCAGCCCGACCUGGGGGCUCUGGUCCUGGGAACCAUCGCCAAGAACUUCUUCACCAAAUCUAAACUCCCGAUCCCAGAACUGUCUCACAUCUGGGAGCUGAGCGACGUGGACCGGGACGGAGCGCUCAGCUUCCCAGAGUUCUGCACGGCGUUCCACCUCAUCGUGGCCCGCAAGAACGGGCUCCCCCUCCCGGAGCGCCUCCCCCCCCCGCUGAGGGCCGGCCCCCUGGUCCAGGACCCACCGGACCCCCCCGAGAGGUCGGAGCCCCUCAUCGUGUUCGAGGACCCGGGUCUCGCGGAUCUGAGCGCCGUCGAGCGUCUCCAGCCAGGUCUGACCUCGACGACCCGAGAUGUGAAAGAAGAAUCACGUAAACAAGACGUCACUGUGAAGACGAUGACGUCUCAAGAGAAACGGAUUCUCCGUCUGGGAGCCUUCACGGAGCGGCCAGAUCCACCUCAGGACCUGGACCCACACAUGAGGACCAGGACCAGACCGAGGUCCUACUCCAGCACCUCGAUAGAAGAUGCAGUGAAGAAGGCCGAGGAGCCUCCCCCCCCCCCGCCUCGGCCCCAGAAGACCCACUCCAGAGCCUCCUCGCUGGACCUCAACAAGCUCCUCCAGCAGGGAGCUCCAGGGAUGAAGAGCGUCUGGCUGCCAGCUCCUCCUGCCCUCCCCCCUCGACCCUCAGCCUCACAGGUUUCUCACUUCGUCGUCGACGUCUCAGAGAAAAGUCCCCAGAACAAAGUUCUGCAGCCCGACUUUGCUGACUUCAGUCACUUCAGAGAAGAGGAGGAGGGCAGCGUGACCCCAGAGGAUCAGGGCCCGAGCUCCGGAGACCAACAGGUCCCCGAGGCGGUUCCUCCCAGCCAGGUGAAGCCGGUCCGCAGGAAGCACCACGCCGAGAGCCAGAACCUGGAGGCCACGCCCACCAGGCCCGCUCAGAGGCUGCCGUCCAAUCAGAAGCGAGCGGUCCAGACGGCGAUCCGUCAGCACAAGGAGAGCCGCGCCGUGCUGAGGCGGCUCAACGGCGAGCUCCAGCAGCAGCUCGAGGUGGUCCACCAGGAGCGGGUCGCCUUGGAGACCCAGCUGGAGCUCCAGAGGCCUCAGGCCUCCACGUGACGGGGCCCGGUCGGCUCUGACCCACCAACGUGCUGCCGGAUUCAAACCCGCCACUUCCUCUUCUGACCUCCACGUCCCUCAAGGGCCUCCACGUCCCUCAGGGGCCUCCACGUCCAUCAGGGGCCUCCACGUCCAUCAGGGGCCUCCACGUCCCUCAAGGGCCUCCACGUCCCUCAGGGGCCUCCACGUCCCUCAGGGGCCUCCACGUCCAUCAGGGGCCUCCACGUCCCUCAGUGGCCUCCACGUCCAUCAGGAGCCUCCACGUCCAUCAGGGGCCUCCACGUCCCUCAGGGGCCUCCACGUCCCUCAGUGGCCUCCACGUCCAUCAGGUGCCUCCACGUCCCUCAGUGGCCUCCACGUCCCUCAAGGGCCUCCACGUCCAUCAGGGGCCUCCACGUCCAUCAGGACACUGACAUCAUGGGGACUCAUGGGGACUCUGGUGAUUGUUGACUCUGGAUUUAUUGACAUCUUUCCUUCCAGUUCUACAUGACUUGAUGAAAGAAGUUCAGGUAAUUAAAGGCGCCUGUUGGAGCCCCUCACCUGUCCUCUGGAGGAGGAGUCAAGGAGAAUGUCCCGUGGCGUUCCCCCAGUGGGACGUGGUUUAGAGCUCAGCUAUGCAACGACGGGGCUCCGCCUCCUUUCGACCACGAGCCUGGCCCCGUUGGAAUGAUCCGGACUGUGAACACAGUGAACCAAUAAAGGUUUCUCUUUC